AUGGCGAAAAAUGGCGUCGACAACCCGGCUUUCGAGCCGCCCAGCCCCGAGCAACGGCGAGCAGCGGCCGGUCUCAGCGGCCCGCGGGGGGCUCCCCCGGGCCCUUCCCCGAGUGCGGAGGCCGAGCAGGAGGAGGGACGCUGCGGCUGGGGCAGGUGCGCGCCCGACUGCCUCCAGGUCUGCAACAACGCCAAAGGCUACCUGGUCUUCUACAGCCUCCUCUCCGUCUUCCAAGGCAUUAUAGUAAAUGGAUUAAUCAACGUAAGCAUCUCCACUAUUGAAAAGCGUUAUGAACUCAACAGUUCCCUCACUGGUUUAAUCUCUGCAAGCUACGACAUUGCUUUUUGUGUGUUGUGCCUUUUUAUAUCCUUCUAUGGUGAAAGAGGACACAAGCCUAGAUGGCUGGCCUUUGCAUCUUUCCUGAUAGGGCUAGGAUCACUUGUAUUCUCCUUGCCACAUUUUACUAGUGGAGUGUAUACAUAUGGAGAAAAACUGGAUGACACCUGCCCAAUAACCAACGGUCAGUUUUAUAAUGCCAGCUGUACUCCUGGUUCAAAGUCUUCACUGUCCAACUACCUCUAUGUUUUCAUCCUGGGACAGCUGAUACUGGGAGCAGGUGGAACUCCUCUUUACACUCUGGGAACAGCAUUCAUUGAUGAUAGUGUCCCCAAACACAAAGCUUCUUUCUUCAUAGGAAUUGGCUAUUCCAUGUCCUUGCUUGGUCCUGCUGUUGGCUAUGUGUUAGGAGGACAGUUGCUUAAGAUCUAUGUUGAUUUCAAUCAUCAAGUAAGAUCAGACAUCAGUCCAGAUGAUCCACGUUGGGUUGGAGCUUGGUGGGUAGCAUUUGUUGUAUGCGGUUUUUGUACAUGGCUUUUGGUAGCACCGUUUUCAUAUUUCCCAAGGCGUUUGCCAGGUUCACAAAAAAUACAAGCUGAAAAGAUUUCAGAAGCACAUCAUGAUGGAAAAGAACACAAGGACACUGGGAAGAAUAUAAGAAACUUCCCUAGGACUCUCUGGAGUCUGCUGAAGAACCCUGUGCUGAUGUGUCUUGUAGUAGCUGCUGCAGUAGAAGCUUUAGUUGCCACUGGCUUUGCAACAUUCUUACCGAAAUUCAUCGAAAACCAGUUUGGUUUUACAUCUAGUUAUGCAGCUACUUUAGGAGGAGUUGUACUCAUCCCAGGAGCUGCUCUUGGCCAAAUCAUAAGUGGUACAUUGGUUUCCAGGCUGAAAUUGGAUUGCAAAAAUGUAAUCAAAUUCAUUGCCAUUACAUGUUCAGUAGCGCUGGCAUUAAAUUCAGUUUUUUUGUUUGCCAAAUGUGGAAAUGAACCUUUUGCAGGUGUAUCUGAAACAUAUAAUGGGACAGGCAUGUUAUCCAACUUAACUGCACCAUGCAAUGAGAACUGCCACUGCUUACGUUCAGUUUAUUUACCAGUUUGUGGCACAGAUGAAGUUCAGUAUUUUUCUCCAUGUUAUGCAGGAUGCAGCUCUGUUUCUAAUACAAAGAGUGGAAAGGUAUACAGCAAUUGCUCCUGCAUAGUGAAUCCUAAAAACACAUUUAACAAUAUUACCAAUGGAGCCGUUACUGGGAAGUGUGCAUCUAAGUGUUCAGUCCUGCCUGCAUUUCUUUUUUUCUUUUUUCUUACUGUUGUUUUUACUUUUAUGGCAGUUACACCAACAACUGUGGCCAUCCUCAGAUGUGUACCAGAUAAGCAUCGAUCAUUUGCUAUGGGUGUUCACAUGCUGAUUUUACGAACUAUAGGCACUGUACCUGGACCAAUCCUGUUCGGUGUUGCGAUAGACAAUAGCUGCACUUUGUGGUCUAUAGAUAAAUGUGGAAAAACAGGAGCCUGUUGGGUUUACAACAACCAUCUAAUGGCAUAUACGUUAAUGGGUAUAAGUGCAACUUGUAAAGUGAUUUCCAUUACCUUCACUGCUAUAGCCUAUGUCUUAUAUAAGCCUCCGCCGGUUCAGACUUCUGCUUCACAGAAGAACAUUGAAACAGAGACAAGUGUACAACUGUAGCAUAAUGAAACACC